GUGAACCCCGGAAGCACCGUCGUUACUGGUCACCGACUGUCAACCCGUUGUUAGAGCGAUAUGUUGCUGCUGCUGCGGGCACGGCUGCGUUAAAACUGGAGUUCAUCUUAAACGGGACUCCAAGAUGUAUUAAGACGGCGCUCACGACAAUAGAAAUUAGCAAUAUUAAGGUGUCCGCCUACAUGCCAGCCAACAUAUGUACCUCAUCAUGAAUGCUGGUCCAGGACGUAAACAACACACCAUGUUUUUGUGAGGAGAGAACAUAUUCGGGCAGGAUGCAGUCUUCAAACCACCGACUGCGAGAUAUGGACCAGCACCACCCGCUGCUGUCGGCAGGUGCAGAUGUCGAGACAGGGAGCCUGGCAGCAGCCGGAGUGAUGGUCGGGGGUCCCCACGCUUGCCACGCGGGAGGGAACCGCACGCUGUGGUUCAUUCAGGACAGCUGUGGGAUGGUGUGUGCAGGCAUGACCUGGUUCCUGGUGCUGUAUGCUGAAUUUGUGGUGAACUUCGUCAUGUUGCUGCCCAGCAAAAACUUCUGGUACUCGCUGCUGAACGGGGCCACCUUCAACUCCCUGGCUGUGCUUGCCUUGGCCUCACAUCUGCGCACCAUGUUGUCUGACCCGGGUGCGGUUCCUAAGGGCAACGCAACCAAGGAGUACAUGGAGAGCUUACAGCUGAAGCCUGGCGAGGUCAUCUACAAGUGCCCGAAGUGCUGCAGCAUCAAGCCUGAGAGGGCACAUCACUGCAGUAUUUGUAAAAGAUGUAUCCGGAAGAUGGAUCACCACUGUCCCUGGGUCAAUAACUGCGUGGGAGAAAAGAACCAGAGAUUCUUUGUACUUUUCACUAUGUACAUAUCUUUGAUUUCUGCCCAUGCCCUGGGCCUCAGUGGUAUGCACUUCUUCACCUGUAUUAAAGUCCAGUGGAACGAGUGCAGUGACUUCUCUCCGGGGGUGUCCGUGCUGCUGCUGAUCUUCCUCUGUCUCGAAGCCAUCCUCUUCCUCACGUUCACAGCUGUGAUGUUUGGUACGCAGCUCCACUCCAUCUGCAAUGACGAGACGAGGGGUUUGAAUGUCUUGCAGGAGAUUGAACGUCUUAAAAAUGAGAAGCCCACGUGGGAGCGUCGCAUGAGAUGGGAUGGGAUGCGAGCUGUAUUUGGGGGCUCGCCCUCUCUGCUGUGGUGCAACCCAUUCACAGGCCUGCGUCUGCGGCGCCUGUUGCUGCUGACCCAUGGUCGCCGCGGCGGGUCUGAGUUCUCCGUCUGAGAGCAGGGACUGAUGCAGCUCACCAACACUUGACCGUCUCUAAAGCAAGAUUUCUUGUAGGCCUCCUUGGCCAGGGCUAGGAUGGACCUCUUCUCCCUCAGGCUGUCCUUUAUGUGUGAGUGACAGGGAGACAGGCUGCUGCUCCAGUGGGACCCCAGCCAAUCACAAACUAACACUGAAAGUUUGUAUUUUCACUCUAACUUGCUGAUGUAGACCUUACUCAAGAGUAUGCUGAACAACUGGACUAUUGUUUCUAACAUGAGCAGAUGCUUUAGUUUGUUUGUGUGUUUUUUAGGUAAAGCAUGCAGUAUGUAACUCAAGUGACUCUUUCAUUCCUUGUGAGACGUCCAAGCUGCCGUUCGAACUCAACUCGUGCACCCUCGGUACAUCUCUUCAGCAGCGGGUUUUCUUUGCUGCGUACAUGAGAUUCAAGCGUAGGGUUUAAAUCAGCAACAUAUCUGUAAUCAGCACUGGACCCCAGACAAGUGGAUAUAAAUGUGGAAAUGCUUGAAACUGUUCUUUUGGACCCAGACAAGGAAAUCACAGGCAAAGACAUGCUGCACUUGAAGGAAAGUCUGAAUAUGCAGCACAGUAGAAAUCAGAAAUUGAACUGUGCUGCCUUGAUUUGCAUGUAUAACCGCUCAAUCAGGCGACAUCUGAGCCAGGAAAUGAAGGCUUUCACUAUCUUCAAAUGAAUGAACAGGCUACUUUAAACGCAAGCCUCAUUCUUAUUCAAGAGGACUGAGUGGCUUCUCCUAUCCGUUCAUCUUGUUUGUCAUGUUUUUCCCUUCAUUGUGCUGGAAUUGUUGGUUCUUCAUUACUCAGGCCAGUAGAAAUGAAUUGCUCUUUUUUAUUCUUUUUUUUUUUUUUAAUAACUGCUGAAGCUUCUUUACCUUUUGAUCACAGUGAACUCCUCAACAGUUGAUCAUAUUGACAACUGUUAUUCUGAAUCUUCAUUUGGAUAACACAUUUUGUAUUAGUUGUACAUAUGUGCCCAUACAUUUGCCAUUGCACCACUCCGACAUGCUGCUCCACAUCUCAUUCUCUAACCCCCAGACUGCUGAUCUGCCGCCCUGUGUUCUCAUAAAGAAGGGAUUCCAUUUUAACAACUUUGGCUGCUUAAAAGACCGAAUGUCAUUAAGUUUGAAUUGUUUUACUCGUACUCAAUGUUCUUCUACAUGGAAAACGUAAGGCUGCUUCUGUGUAAAGUAACUUCAUAGCAUUUCAACUCUUAAAAAAACAACGUUACAAACACUCGAGACGGAGCCAAGUUUCAGACAAGGUGGCUUUGAAUGCUCCUCGGGCCACUGAGUGGUGCCACAUUUUGAAAAGUAGAACUUAAAUCACUAGCACAACCUCCCUUUGGCUCCUUGUGAGCUCACUCUGAUCUGCGGAGCCAAGCUCCAUUGUGCAGUUGUCUUGUGUUAAAAGGGAGCUGCUUUGCUGAGGUACCAGGCUCAUUAUACAAGCUUUAAUACUGAACUAAGUCUCGGGGAGCUCAGCCAGGCCUUUCCUACUUCACUCCAGAAAUGUCAGGCCUGUAACAUGUAGUGGAAGGAGAGUAGCAGAUAUUUCCCCAGUGUUAUUAGAACACUUAUUCAUGCCUUUAAAAUCACUCCGUAAAGUGAAUUUGUCAUUAUUGCCAGGUUUAUAAAAAGUGUUUUUCAUUUAGUGACAACUUGUCUCCUAUUUGUAUUUUGCAUAAUUAAUGAGCCUGUUUGCACUGGAUUAAUGUGUCUUUUUGAAUCUAGAGUUUGACCGUAUUGUCAAAGUGUUGUCAAAUCUAGAUUCUCAAAGUCUCAUUUUGUUUGGCGUGUUGGACAAUAUACUGCUGCUUGUUCUCAUCUGUGGUUGUCAGGAGAAGGAACUCCACUGUUUACACUAAAUGAUGAUAUCUGAUGUGCUUUGGCUUUAGUGUUUUAAGAAACAUGCUGUCAUUAGAAUGUAAAGCAUAUCUGUUGUGGGACUACGGGACACCGCACUGAAAGCUAACUGACAUCAGGGGGUUUUAUUAACACUGGCCUCUCAUUUCCGCAUCACCUCAGCAACAGUUUUCCGAUUAAAUGUUGGGAGAAUAUCGCUUUCUUAUUCAUGUCAUACUUUCUAUAUUCAGCAUUGUUCAUUCAGCAGGUCCCGAAUCCUGACAUGCUCAAUGUUUAAUUUAUGAGGUGUGAAAUGAAAAAGAGGGAAGUUCAGCCAAACACACAGCAUAUCUAUGAAAUCAUAUGCACAUGUAAUAAUUGAAGAAUUAUCAGAAAACAACAGAAAAAGUCAUGCUUUUUUUUAGUUUGUUAGAUGCACACUGUAAUCAAGCAACAGCUGUUAUUAAAAAUACAUCCAGAGCCAUGAGAGGACGAGUCUAAACACAAAAUGUAUUAGAAUAAUACAAAUGUCUGAAACGGGACUUGAGGUAACAGAGGCAAGACUAAUACACUGUUAAACCUUUUUUAGUGGUAUUUGUAGGAAGUAACAGAACAUCAGCGCUAAUUAUGGAUUGUGUUGACUGGAUAUGAAUAUUUGAUGUUGACUGGUAUAAUUUGGUUGAUGUAAACGAGUAUUUCACAAUAGGAUGGUCCUGUUUCAUGACCAAACUCAGAUGCUGUAAUCAUAAUGUCUUAAAUUGGGGUUCUGUUACAGGGUAUGUAGUUUAACAUUCAUGCUCAGCAAUAGAAUCAAUGAAUGAUGAUUUUUAAAGGGUUAUACCGGUAAUUGUAUUUUCUCCACCUUCUGCUGUUUGAGUUAUUGAAAUACAAUCAACAUGGGGAGAGGAUUGUUUGACAAUGUACACUAUCCUGUCAAGAUUAUUAACAUUAACAUUGCCAUGAACUGUUGAGAAAUAUUGUUUCCUCAAGAACAAAAGUCCUUCAGCUUUAUAAACAAAGUAUAAAGGUUAUUAUUAACAAUAUAUAAAUGGAAUGUUUUAUUCAAGUUUUUUUUUAAUUAAUGUGUCAUAAUCUUAUGUCUUAUAUCUUUAAUGUCAUUAUUUUACAUAAUAAACUUGAUUAAAUUAAAGCAAUGUAUUGAUUGUC